CCCUUUUAGCCCCUCCUCUCACGCAGCGUGGAGGGGCGGGGCAUAGCCGCCGCCGCCGGGGCCUGGGACCCGGAUGGCCGUUUAGUCGGUGCUUAGACGCCGAAGCUGCCACAUCGGGGCUUGGACAAAUUACAAAACAGGCGGAGGGGGGGGAUAAAGUAAUCCGCCUCCAUCCUCCGUCUAGGACGCCCUUCCGCCCUCGGGAAGCUCGUAUCCGGAGAGAGCGGACCGAGCCCGAUCCGACGAGAGGCACAUUUCGCGGGGAGCCAGGAGGAACCAUCGUACUCAAUGACCUUACAGCGCAAUGUCAGAUCGUUUGGGGCAAACAGCAAAGGGGAAGGAUGGAAAAAAGUAUUCGUCGCUCAACCUGUUUGAUACGUACAAGGGCAAGUCCUUAGAGAUCCAAAAACCUACAGUCACUCCCCGCCAUGGCUUGCAGAGUCUCGGUAAGGUUGCCAUUGCCCGGCGCAUGCCACCCCCUGCGAACCUGCCAAGCUUAAAAGCGGAGAACAAAGGCAAUGACCCCAACGUCUCACUAGUGCCGAAAGACGGGACAGGAUGGGCAAGCAAGCAGGAACAGCCAGACCCAAAGAGUACCGAUGCCUUGACAGCUCAGCCGCCGGAAUCGCAGUCGCCGCCGGCUUCACAGACGUCUGCCUCCAACCAACAGAAGCGACCCCCAACAGCCCCCGAGAAUCCCCCUACAGUAGCAAGCGGGGUAAAGUCCUGGGCACAGGCCAGCGUUACCCAUGGAGCGCAAGGAGAUGGUGGAAAGGGAUCAAGCCUACUGUCGCGAUUCUCUCGCGAGGAAUUUCCGACCCUGCAGGCGGCUGGCGACCAGGACAAAGCUGGCAAAGAAAAGGACACUGCCGAUGCGUUGUAUGGGCCCGGACCAAACCUCCGCCCCCAGAACGCAACCAGCUGGCGGGAUGGAGGUGGGCGGGGCACCGACGGGGAGCUGGUGCCUGAGGAUGGACGGGCUGGGGUCGCCAUGCAGCCUAACAUUCCACCUCAGUACCCUCCCUACCGGGGGAUGAUGUCGCCAUUUAUGUAUCCCCCAUACCUCCCGUUCCCGCCUCCAUAUGGGCCACAGGGACCUUACCGCUACCCCGCAGUGGAGGCGCAGAGGUUCCAAAGGCUCCCAGGACCUCGCCCCUCGCAACCUCCAGUGCGCAUGUCAGAACCUGUGAGCCGGCCGCCCGUCCUUAAGCAGGAUGACCUGAAAGAAUUUGAUGAGUUGGACCAGGAGAACGACGAAGGCUGGGCCGGGGCCCAUGAAGAAGUAGACUACACUGAGAAGCUGAAGUUCAGUGAUGAAGAAGAUGGGAAAGAUUCUGAUGAGGAAGCCACUGAGAACCGAAAUGAGGAGGUGUCUGGUCCCGAAAACCAGUCAUCAGGCACAGACGCUAAGAAGGCUGGGACACUGAGAGAGGAUCAGCCUGUGGUGAAAACAGCCUGGGCUGAAAAUUCACGCCCUCCAGAGGGCGCUAAAGACCCACCAGCAUCUGCCCCUGCCAUGCGUCCGCCACCGCCGCCGCCACCACCACCUCCCAACCGGGGCAAUUGGGGGCAGCCGAAUGAUUUCCCGGACCGCUCUCUGCGGCCACUUCCUCCAGAAGAUGAGGACGAAGCUUGGCGCCAGCGUCGAAAGCAGUCGUCUUCAGAGAUCUCUGCCGCAGUGGAGCGUGCUCGGCGUCGGCGGGAGGAGGAAGAGCGGCGCAUGCAAGAGGAGCGGCGGGCUGCUUGCGCUGAGAAACUCAAGCGCCUGGACGAGAAGUUUGGUGCUCCUGACAAGCGACUGAAGCCAGAGCCUCCCAAGGAGCCCCCAGCUGCGCCUCCUCCCCCACCCACUCCCACGCCCUCCAAUCCGCCUUCGGCGCCUGCCCCCUCGGAGGAGAAAAAAGAGAAAGAGGAGCCUGUUUUGCCUAGUAAACCUCGCAGCAGUGGCAGCAACACUGGGAGCAGCUUGGACUCUACCAAUAAUGUGGAGCCCCCCGUGGCUUCCCCAGUCAAAGAAGUCCCAGAGGUAAGGGAAGAGCCACCACCCUUGGCCGGGCCUGUUGUUCCGGCUGCUCCAGUCCCGGCCAAAGUGGAGCCCAAGGCGGAGACGGUUCUCCAGGCACGCCAGCCACCUCCAACACAGACGCUUGGCUACUCAAAGUACCAGAAGUCAUUGCCGCCUCGCUUCCAGCGACAGCAGCAGGAGCAGUUGCUAAAGCAGCAACAGCAAUGGCAGCAGCAGCAGCAGCACAACCAUGUCCAGCCGCAGCCCUCCUUGGCUUCCUCUGCCCAGCAGCAGACCACGGGCACUCCUUUGGCCGCGCUGGGUCCCUCCGGCAACGUUCACCCUCAGCCAGGCCAGCAACAGACGCCGGCUCCGCCCCCAGCGCAGCAGGCACCGCCAAAAGGCAUGUACCCAGGCUCCAUUGGAAGGCCUCCCCCGAUGCCUCAGAUGAACUUUGACCCUCGCUGGAUGAUGAUCCCACCAUACAUGGACCCCCGCAUGAUGCAAGGGCGGCCCCCCAUGGAUUUCUACCCCCCUGGUGUGCAUCCCUCUGGUCUUCUCCCCCGUGAGCGAUCAGACAGCGGGGGCUCCAGCUCAGAGCAGUUUGAACGCCAUCCUCCCAUUCUCCGAGAACGUGGCACCCCACCGGUGGAUCCCAAGUUGGCCUGGGCUGGAGAUGUCUUCAGCAACGUUCCUCCUAAUGCAGACUCCCGGCCUCCAACAGCAUCGCUUCGGCAGCAGCAGCAGGAAGAAGAAGAGAAGGGGUUGAGGAGCGAGACACCCCCAGUUCGCCUACGUGACGCUGUCACUCCCCAGCCUUACAUGGGGAAUUACCAGGGUUUCUCAGAAAAUGGCACUCCUGCUCCACUACAUCGCUUCCCAGUGGACGAACCAUCACGUCCAGGAGGGCCCUGGCAGGCCGGCGUGGGCCUGACCCCCCCAGCAGAAGUGACCAGAAAUGGUCGGUCUGAACCCCCCAUCGCCCCGUCCCGCAAAGGUGAGGGGGAGUUACAGCUGCAGUAUUGUGAUCCCCAAGAAGAGAUCAAAGUGGAAGCUCCAGUCAUUCGAUCGGUCGUAGCCAAGAAGCCUCCCUCCGAGCCACCGAAAGAGGAGGUCCAGGUCAAAGAGGAGGUUCGGCGGGUGGAGAAGCCGCCACGGCAGCAGCAUGAGUUCCACAAGCAGCCCCGUCGCGAAUCCAAGACCGAGACACGCUGGGGUCCCCGUCCUGGCAGUAGUCGGAGAGCUGAAGAGACCUCUGGAGACAAGGCCCCACGGCGAGCUGGCCCUAUCAAAAAGCCUCCACCCCCAAAAGAGACAAAAGAGGAAAAUGAGGAGGUGCGUCCCGUGGGAAAGGCCAAGGAGGAACCUGUGAACAGUACUAAGCCAGAAUUGGCAAAGGACUCUCCCAAGCCAGGCAAGGAGAAUAAGGCCAAGCCGGUAUUAAAUGGUGGAACCGUCGUAUCCCCCAGAGAGCAGCAACAGGGCCCUCUGUCACCAAGCCGCCGGCGUCGGGACGGCCCCUAUGAGCGUGGCGGCUAUGCAGGCCGCGGCCGUGCCAGGGGCCGGGGAGAGUAUUUUGCCCGAGGACGGGGUUUUCGGGGCGCUUAUAGUGGCCGCGGACGUGGGGGCCGAGGAAGAAGCCGGGAGUUCCGCAGCUACCGUGAACCUUUCUACCGUCUGGAUGAUGGCGCUGUGAAGACGGCAGGGCCGGGCUCCGGCUUCCGUCCACGCAACACCAGCGAGACCCGCAGCGAAGGUUCCGAAUAUGAAGAGAUUCCUAAACGGCGGCGCCAGCGAGGGUCGGAGACAGGAAGCGAGACUCACGAGAGCGCCAGCGAUGUGGCCCAUUCAGACAAGGAGGUGACCAAAGAACCCACCCCGAGUCAGCGCAACCGGGGGCCCCCUGUGACAAACGUGUCGGCCCCUCCUCCUCCUCCUCCUCAGCAGUCUGGUUCACCUCGGUUUGCUGAAAAGAUGCCCCCACGCCUCUCGGAUUCUGGCGGUCGUGGUGGCCGGGUCUUCACUCCUCGAGGGGUACCUUCGCGCAGGGGCCGAGGAGGGGGCCGUGCACCCCCAGGUGGAUGGAGCCCCCCAUCUAAGCCCCACCCUAGCAAGAAACCCGAGAAGCCACAAGAGGCGGCUGUGGAGUCCUCAGGGAAGGAGAAGGCCUCAUCAGGAACUCCAGUAAACACCCCGGAAGAAUCUGCUGGUUUCCAAGCUCCCCCAAAACAGCAGCCGCUUGUCUCCAGCUCAGACCGUGGUUUUGACCGGCCACCCCGCCGGCGACGCCAUGGGCGUUCUCAGCAGCAGGACAAGCCUCCCCGAUUUCGGCGUCUGAAGCAGGAGCGUGAGAACGCAGCCCGACUCAACGGAGAGCAGAGGGUGGGACAGCCCUUCUCCUCAGCUCCAUCUGCCCCCCUCCCUGAAGAAUCCAGUGCCCGGCGGGUAGCUGGCACAAAGUCUCCCGACUUAUCCAAUCAGAACUCAGAUCAGGCGAACGAGGAGUGGGAGACGGCUUCAGAGAGCAGUGAUUUCACUGACCGCCGUGGCGGUGGCGAGAAGGAGCCAGCCCCAGGUGGACCUCCCCCCACGGCCUUUCUGAAAGGAGGCUGUUCCGGCCCACCUUCAGUGGGUGGACGGCCCUCCAGCAAUGAAUUGAGUUUAGCCCAGCGGAAGGAGAUGUCCAAGCGCAGCUUCUCCAGUCAGCGGCCCGGCAUGGACCGUCAAAACCGGCGCUCCAACCCUGGCCCUGGAGGAGGAGGAGGAGGAGGUGGUGGUGGUGGUGGUGGCAAAUCCAGCCGCGGAGGGAGUGGCAGUGGGCGCAGUGGCGGUGACAAGAGGAGUUGGCCCUCUCCCAAGAACCGCAGCCGGAACACAGAGGACCAUUCUCCAGGACUGAGCCUGCCUCCAGCCCCCACUACAAGCACGGUAUAUCGCUUGGACCGCGUCAUCCACAGCGACCCGGCAGGCAUCCAGCAGGCUCUGGCUGAACUGGGCAGCCGCCAUGCUAAGCCAGCGUCUCCCGGUCCAGCCCAGCCGCCUUUCCUGGGGGCAGGGGGCAGCAGUUCCUCUGCCCUCCCGUUGGGACGCUUUGAGAGUCGGAGCAGUAGCAACACAGAGUCUUGUUUCCUGGGCAAGAACCAGCUGCUUCACGCCAGCAGUGCCCCUGUGAAGGAACCGGGCGCCGGGAGUGGCUUUGCUGCAAAGCGCCGGGAGCGGCCCCAUAAGCAGGAUCUGUUGCAGCCGGAGUCUUUGGCCUUCCCAAGCAGCCCCGGUUUCACAGCCCCCAAAGAGGAGGCACUGGGGGAGGCUCGCAGCAGGAGCGUCCCUGUGUCUGAGGGGUUAGCCCCACAGAUUUGGAACCAGCUGAAUUCCAGUUCCUCCCGCAAGACCUACCGCCCUGCCUCUGUGGAGCCCUGGAUUGAUCCCCUGAACGCCUUUGAGGAAGUGGCCAGUACAGAGAUGAGCCUGUCUGACAGCGGUGUAGACCUCAGCAGUGACUCCCAAGUCUCCUCGGCCACCUGCAGCCAACGCAGCUCUCCAGAUGGGGGCUUGAAGGCCACGCCAGAGGCUGGCGCCAAACGAAGCAGGGCCAUCGACCCAAGUAACGAAGGCGCAGCAGCUGCCGGGCCAGAGGGAGGGGAGCCGAAGGAGCAGAGGCGGCGGCCCCCACCCACCAGAGACUCUGGUCUGCUCAAGGAGAAGGUGAGCAGCUCCCCUGAGCCACUGCCACCAUCUAGAGACCACCCUCCUCCUGGCGCAAUCGGCACCGAACGUUCCCAGCGAGCCGAGAAGGCGAAAGACGGCAUGGAGGGCCGGGGUGUCCGAACGCCUGAGCCGAGCCCCCAGCUCGAAGCCCCCGGGGCCUGCCCGCCUAUCCAGUUUGGAGCUAGCGAGAAGGAUGCUGCUGACCUUCGUUUCGUGGUGAAUGACAGGCCGAAAGGAGACAAGGAAGAGCUGCACCAGACACUGGCUGAGGGGCUGACGUCUGCCCCCCGAGAGUGGGAGCUGCUUCCCGCAGCCCCUCCCAGCCAUAGAGCUUCCUCUGAGGUGCCUCCUGGGCGUUCCUGUGAACCCCAGCCUUUCUCUGUCAGUCCGGCCGCCUCCUCCUGCCUGCACGGCCUCCCCGCAGAGGCGUCUGUCUUCUCAGGUGAGCGAGGCCAAGGCCAGCGGCUGUAUCCGGAGCUCUUCUAUGGGAACCAGGUCUCCAACAGCCAGCUAGAGCCACAGCUUCACAGCACAAGCGGGGGCAGCAGCUACCGUCCAGGCACCCCCUCUCUGCACACUUACAGGUCCCAACACCUGUACCUCCAGCCCGGCCCGGCCCCGGCCUCGCCGGCUCAGACGGCAGCCGGGGCAGUGCUGCCAAGCUCAGCUUUGCUCUCGGGGGUGGCCCUGAAGGGACAGUACGUGGAGAUCUCGGCCCUGCAGGCGGCGGAGCUCCCCAAACUGCCGGCGGCUGGCUUGCUCUACCAGGCGCCCCCUCCGUCGUUCAUCUACAGCUCCACCUUUUGCGGCAACCAGCUGGCCCCAGAACAAGCUCUGCUGCAGGUGCGCCAGGAACUCGCCUCCCCCUCCGACUUCUACCCUGCCACCCUGGGGCAAGGCAGCCAGAGCAGCUUCCUGACCGGCCCAGGCCCUGCCCAGCAGGUCCUCCUGCCCGUGGUGGAACCGCCCCAGCUACCCCCGGUGCCCCUGGUGCCCAUGGCCACUCAGGCCCUGCGGCCCCCUGGACAGCUGGCGGGGCGCCUCGUGUCUCCGGCGGUGCAAGCUUUUCCUCACGGCGGCGUGGGCCGUAGCGAGCUUCACACUCUGGAAAUGAAGCCGCUGCAAGAUUACAGAAAGCUCAACGGAAUGGGGUCUGCUGGGGCCCGGCCUCCUCCUGCUGGAAGGCCUUUCUCUGGAGGCUUCAAUGCCAGGCUGAAAUCCCCCGGGUCUGGCUACGGUGGCAUUUUCCGUGCCCAGCGCUUUGAGGUCUACCAGCAGCCAGAUGUCCUUCGCUGGAACCCCCGCUCUUGGGAGCGAGCGGCCCAACCCCGCGAUGGAACGCCGGCCCGCCGUCUUGAGUCGGAGGCCCGCUCCCACAGCGACAAGCAAGACCCCAGUCUCUCCAACCACCACUAGCACAUCCCUCCCUCUUUUGAUUCUGUAAACCCCCCCCCAAAAAAAGGAAUGGGUGGGAGGGCCCUUUUUCAGGGCCUCAGUCCUUCUCCUUCUCCCCCCCCCCUUUGGUGUAUCCUGGACAUGGGGUGUCUCUGUUACUCCUUUUCUGUUUGUGAGGAGGGUGACACUGGAAUUUGCCCCCUCGGUUAGGGGUGUUAGGUAGACACUUAGUGCGGUGCUCAGUGUAAUUGGGGGGAGGGGGCAAAGAUCAGGAUUUGGGGAGGCUCCCAGCUGAAUGUAUUUUUGCUUAUUUCCUUUUUCACCUGAGUUUGGUUUUUUCUUUUUCUUUUUUUUUCCUGGCAAGGGCACGGUUGCCCUUUUGAUCCGAGGGGGGAGCAGCUGUGAGAUGUGGUGUGUAAAUAUAUAUAUAAAUAUGAACAUGUGGUGGUCUUGCCUCUUCCCUCUUCCGUUUAUGGGAGCGGGACGAGGGGAGACUCGGGAGCCUGCCCUCCUCUCCUAUCAAUUUGCUCCCCUGAGUUUGAAAUAGGAAGCGUUGAGUUUUUAAAAGGUGGUCGAGCUGGUUUGUUUAAUAAAUAAAACCAAAAAAAAAGUUGUUUAAAAAAACCAAUAAAAUAAAAAGUCAAACUGU